CCCGCCCUCGAACCGCAUGCAUGACGCGUCCGUGACAGAACCACCCGCGGCUCCGCCCGACCCUGCCUCACACGCCGGCGACGCAUGACCUCCAGCGCAGUCACCGUUACCCCCCCCCUACUUGCACCCGCGUUUCCCGGCCUGCGCAAGACUCGCGAUCGACAACUUGCUUCCGUACACCUUCUUGCUUCCUGCCCCAUCCUCGCGUGCGAAUCGUGCUCACUUGCGUCUGGUCUGCCCUUGUACACGACCGGUAAGCUGAUCUACGUCCACGCACUCCCUCCCUAUUCCAUAUUACAUUCCAUAUUCGCCAGCGCCCGCUGGCUUGUCGCCCACCGUCCAGCACAUCGCCCGCCUCCCGCACGCGACUCUGGCAUUGCUAAUGCAUCACCUGAUCGCGCCCGACACGCAAUCGUGAGGUGACGGCGCCCUGGUCGCGGAGAUGAUCUGGAAUUGGGCCCGCUGGCAGUCCCGAAGUAUUUGUACCCGCGUCCGCUCGUUGUCUGUUCCCCCAAAUCGCACCUUCGCUUCCACCACCAUCAUCACAACGAUCGGCAUGUCCCAACCUUACGAGAAAGAGGCCGAAUUCGCAGUCUGCGCCGUGCGACGCGCAUGCAACCUCACUGCGUCGGUGUUCAAUAAGUUGAUCAAGAACGAGACGCUGGUGAAGGGCGACAAGUCCCCGGUCACAGUUGGCGACUUUUCCGCUCAGGCGCUGGUCUGCACGAUGCUGGCAAACGCCUUCCCCGAUGACCUGAUCGUGGGAGAGGAAGACUCGGCCGACCUGCGCCAGGACACGGCCGCGUCGCGCGCGCUCAAGGACAGGAUCGUUGAGCUGGCCAACGAAGCACUCACCGCCGACCUCGCCCUCGGCGACAAGGAGCAGUGGGGGAUCGGGCCCGGCAAGGCGCGCACGCCCGAUCAGCUGCUGGACGCGAUCGACAGGGGGAACUACGAUGGCGGCAGGACAGGACGCAUGUGGACGCUCGAUCCGAUCGACGGCACGAAGGGCUUCCUCCGCGGCGGGCAGUACGCGGUCUGCCUGGCGCUCAUCGUCGACGGCGAGGUCAAGGUCGGCGCGAUCGGCUGCCCCAACCUGCACGUCGACGCCGCCAAGCCCGACGGCGAGAAGGGCUGCAUCUUCGUCGCCGUCCGCGGGCGCGGCGCCCAGCAGUACACGCUCGCCGGCGCGGACCCGCAGCCCCUCCGCCUCCCCGUCCUCCCCACCUCGCAGAUCAGCUUCCUCGAGUCCGUCGAGGCCGCGCACGCCGACCACGGCUUCAACGCGCGCGUCUCCGAGGUACUCGGUGUCACGCUCCCGCCCGUGCGCAUGGACAGCCAGGCCAAGUACUGCUGCCUCGCGCGCGGCGAGGGCGGCGCGUACCUGCGCAUGCCCGUCGGCACCGGCUACCGCGAGAAGAUCUGGGACCACGCGCCAGGAUCUGUGUUGGUUGAGGAGGCGGGCGGCACGAUCAGCGACUCGAGGGGGAAGCCGCUCGAUUUUGGGCUUGGGCGGACGUUGCGAGAGAAUUUUGGGAAGGUGAUUGAGGCCGUGCAGACGGCGGUGUCGGAGGGGCUGGCGAAGUUUUGGAGGGGGGACCCUGAACUGUACUACCGCAUGUAUCGUAGAUGCCAAUGCAGAGCGUUGAACGUCUGCCGUUGCGUGCGUCGCGUUGAGUUUUCGCGUGUCCGCGCAUGUCGAAGCAGGGAGGGUGGGCAGAAGCGAGGCGGCGACUCGUCGUUUCCGCGCGAAGGGAGGGGGACAUGCAGGAUAUUUAUUGGGUAGCUACCCCUACUCACAACUCGUCUACAGCUCGUACUCACUUUUCUACAUAGCCCCCUCCCAUCCCCUCCCAUCUCCCUCCACCCUCCACCCCUCCUUCGAGCGAGGAGGCUGAGCCCCCGUCGAGAUGCGCACCCUGCCCCCCACCGGCAUACCUCGUCCCCCUCCCCCUCCCCUCUCCCAUUCUCGCACUCGCCCCCUUCCAUGUCCUUCGACCUCCCCCAACACCUCCCCUUCGCCGCUCGGAAGCGCCGCAGCACCUCCACUCGGAGGAAGGUGCCAACCUUCACUCGGAGAAAUGUACCUACCUUCACUGUGUCGCGCCCCGUCUGAGGUCGUCGCACCUGCCUGCCGUCGGGUUAAGGCGCACCAGCGUGGUUGAGAAAGGUGGGGGAGGGCAGCUGCUGUCUGAUAAGCACUCGCUCUCGCACUUCGAAGAGGGGAAUAAUGCGAGGGUAAGGGGUAAGAGAAGGGAGGGGAGAGCGAGGGGGGCAUAGGAUAAACAAAGGGGGAGGGGAGGGGAGAGCGGAGGGGAGGGGAGAGCGAAGGGGAGGGAUAUGCGAGGGGAAGGGUAGGGAUAGAUGAAGGGGGAGGGGGAGGCGAAGGGGGAAGGGCGAAGGGGCAAACAAAAUCGAAAGGGAAGGUAAAUAAAA